UAUGUCCGAAUUUCAAGCCGUUUUGUUAUGCGGUGGUUCGGGAAGUCGCAUGACAGAAUUAUGCGACGGAAUGCUCAAAUGUCUACUACCUAUAGCCGAUGUACCGAUGUUUUGGUAUCCACUGAAUACCUUGGUAUGUUCAGGAGUAAAAGGUCUCCUGUUCACAAUCGCUGGAUUUGCACAGAUGACGAUUUGGGCGAAAAACAAACAUCGUGCGUACAAGAAGGAGUUUCCCGAUUACCCAAAGGAGCGAAAAGCGAUUGUACCCUUCCUUAUUUG